AUGACCAUUCUGUACGCUAUUGAUGGAUCGAAGGCUGACGACGGCACCGGCUGGUACGGACACCUUCUGGUGUGGCACUGGCGUACCACCUACAACGGAAUCACGCCUCCGCCCAUUCCAUAUCUUGGUGAUACGACUGAAAGCAUGCACAACACCCCUAGACCUAUUGGAUAUCCGUGUCUGUGCGAGGUCUCCAUCACUCGUUCAAGCAUACUAACGCACUCGGAGCGGGUCAAGAACCAGGAGCCAUCGUACAUCAGCGAUACGGCAUCGACCACGACAAUCAAAGAAUACCCCUGCGGUUCCGAAUUGAAGAAUGAACCACGAUACCUCUUGAACGUAGGGCAUAGACAGACUGAGCAGCACGUCCCGUUUGCGGCUGUAGUCUACGGACUCCUCGAUGGUAAUAACGGCCAGGAGUACUCAGGGUGCUGUCGCAGUGUAUGUUCCAUCUCAUUCGAGCCUGAGCUAAAGCCAAAAAGUCACAACCGCUGGGUGACGUGUAUGGCCAUCCGCGCUGAUGAGAACGACGGCUUUUAUGCGAGUAUGAAGCCACGUAGAAUCCUCAAUACAGUGGAGAAACACAAACCGCAUAACAAAGAGAGCGCAGUGUACGUAGAGUAUCAUCUCAUUCACGACCCUCCUCCUCCAUUGCCCGAUUGCAAGCAAGGUGUCGUGCACACAUUCAAAUGCAGAGAGUGA